AUGAAAGAUAUAAUAAGGCCUCUUGACUGUUUAGUAAGAAUAGAUGGUGUUUCUGGUAAGCUAAUAUUGUUUUUGUAGUUUAUUUACGUUUUAGCUGGAGAACUGUACUCUGUUGAAUCCAUCUUGAAGAAGAACCUACAGAAUGCUUUAGAAAGCUUGGAUAAUGUAGCAGUUGUUGAUCAGUUUAACAAUGUGUCUUCUGGAACUAUUUUUCAAGAUUUUGAAUUGUUGUUAUCAAUUUUAUUGAAAGAGGUAAGCAGUUUUGUUAUGGUUAAUAUUUUCAAUUUAGGUAUCAAAUUGUCUCAAGACUGGUGUUGCGAACGAUGUGAUCUCAAUGCAAGAGUUGAAGAGCGUUAAAGAAGCAUUGUUCUUUUUUUCCUUUUCUUCUGUGUAUUCUGUUUUGGAUGAAGAUGUGAUUCCUGGCAUUGUGCCAUGGAUAAUAAAGUUUUGGCCGUCAGAUGUGGAUAGUAGCGUUAAGAUACGAAAGGUAAAGUGAAGAAGAGCAAAAAUAAAUGUUUUUAGUUAAACUUGUAUUUGGAGACGGUUUUCUAUUGCGGCAGAACAUCAGAGAUUUUGAAGUUACAAAUCCAAAACUAUCUUCUGGUACAAGUCAUAUUGGCUUUGGAAACGGUAAAUAUUAAAAUGUGCAUAACAAAAAAGUUAUAAGUAAACAUAGGAAUUUUUUUGGAUUAUAUAUCCAACGAUUAUCAUACUAGUUGUGCUAUACAUCAAUGAACAAGAUGUAAUAUAUGAUAACUGUAUUGCUUGGCUUUCAGCUUGGACGCUACGAUCCCGAAAAUCCAUUAACUGUUGGCAAAUUGUUGGAAACGACAUUUCUUAAGGAUUACGUAAUAGAAUCAGUAUUUUACCUUUUGAGGAAUGGGAAGAAGAGUAAAGGUUCAGAAUGGUUUUAUGUAAGAUUGUCAUACUUUAUAUUCUUUAUCUUGACAUGUUUUUAUUAUCAUAUAUGUUUGUUACAGACAGCAUUAAACAGCAGACUAAAUGGCUAUGUAGCUGAGAAAGAUGGAACGAAGACUAUGCUGACUUGUAUGGACAACUACGGUAUGUCUUACUAUGAUCAGUUUACUCGGAUUGUACUGAAAUUUAUAUUAUCUUACGGUUGGUAUUUAUUUAUUUUUAACAAUUAUUUGUUUUAGGAGGUGAAAAGUUCUGGCAUACUCCGAUUCCGUGUAACUUGGUGGCUAGUGUAAUAUUCAAAGCAGCUUCUAAAGAAUCAAAUCGUGUUUUUAAAGAGCUAAAGGAGACCAUUUUGGUAUGUUUAUGUGUGCUUCUACUGUUAUGUGUAGUUUAAUUUUAAAACUUGAAUACUUUUUAGCUUGAUCUAAAAAUAUUUUAGCUACGACCCAAUUCUACUCACUUUGGCUGUUUGUUAUCGUUAGUUGUGGAUAAGAGUCAGAAGAGUAAGAUACUGUGGAAGGCUAUGUCAACCCAGAUACUUGACGUUGUUUGCUUUCCUUUUGAUGUUUUAUGGGAGAGAGAGUUGGAAUACCAUAUGUGGGUGGAGCACUUUGACAAAGCCAUGUUUUUGGCUCAGACUUUGUUGUUACAGUCCAAGAUUAACGAACGGUUGCUGGUCAGGAUGAGGAAGGUGAGUGCAAUUAUAAUUAUAUUUUAAUUGUAUUAUGAUACAUAUAGGUUUUAUUUUGUUUGCUUUUAGUUAUUUACAGUACUUUUAUACAUUAAUGGCCACUUUGAUAAAGAAAAGGUAAAAGAAGCUGGAACUAACGUAGAGAAAGUUACUACGAUGAUUAUUACUGCUAUUGAUUGUUACGCAACGCCGAAAGAUAAGGUAUGUUUUAAGAUCUGUUCUUGUUAUAACAUCUUAAAAUGAUUUUUUAACCAAAUUAUAAUAUAACUCGCUUGUAGGCAGAGUUUUUGCUCCAAUGUUUUAAGACUCUCUGUUGCAUCAAGACAGUACCAGUUACGUCAAAUAUAGAGCUUCAUUUUGGGGUGGACUCGUUGGCUGUAAAGCCAUCAGAAGAAAUAUUGAGUGAUUCGUUCUUCGAAGCAGCUAAAACAAUAUUCAACUCAUACUCAAAGGCUCAUGCCAUCGCUGCCCAUUUGUUAGCUAAAACUAUGAAGUUGUGGAAUGACAGUUCCGUUAACAACACUUAUGUUCGUGACUUUGGAAGGCUGGAAUCAGAUGGAGGGACGGAUUCUGUGUGGGUAACGUUGCAUCUGAUGUGUAACUUGGGAGAGUGGCUGGCUGACAAAGAUUGUUUUGGUGACAACGAUGUUGUUAUCAGUAUUUUGGGAGUUGUCAAAGUAAGUGUUCAAAUGAUUCUAAAAAUAUAUUUUUGAUUCUAUACUGCUUAGAAACGUUUUAGGAAACGUUGGUACGAGUUUACCAUCAGUUGACAGACUUUUGCUUACGUCAACGGGAGUUGGAUAUAAAAACAGUUUUCAACGAAUCAGACUUGGCCAAGACAGCCCAAUUGAGUUUGGCCUUGUUGGGAGGAGUUUAUAGCCAAUUUGCAUCAGAUGAGGUGAAGAAACUGUACGAUGAUUGCACGAAUAGUGCAUCUGAUGUCUAUUCUGUUAUUAUGAACAAUAUGAACCUAGUCAAUGAUGACUUUAAGACUCUGAAGACGUGUUUGGAGCAGUUUUUGAAGUUACUUGGAAAGUCAUUGGCACGGUCAGGCAAUGAGAAGAACACUUCUGAAUUAGAGGUGAUGCUGGAGAAGUUGUCUACGGAUCACGAGGAUGAAGAAGAUGGAAGUAUGGAGAUGGCAGAAAGAGGACAUUUGGUCAUCAAGCUCUGUGGAUCCAUCAAGAGGCACGAUGUUCAAGUAGAUCAGAAUUCACAAAAAGUUUUUGAUGUUCUUACUUGUAAGUUUUGUGAUUUAAUUAUGACAUAAUGAGCCUUUUUAUGUGAUAUAACAAUGGAUUUAUAGAUAACAUAAAGCAUGCUGAUUCUUACGUGUAUUUGUCAUCUGUUAAUGCCUUGGCUCAACUGGUUUUGUGGAAACAUUCAGAGUAUUUGACUAAAGUAAUGUUCUUGUUUAGACAUUGGGAGUGCCAAUGUGAAGAUGAAAAAGGAGGUAAGGAUUGCAGAUUUAGCCUACUGUAUUGUUAUAGUCUGAAACCGUAUUUGUAUUGCAAUAUUUAUUUGCCUACUAAAUUGUUUCAGAAUGUGAGUCUUGUUCGAAAGGCCAAGUUCAACUUGGAGAGGCGAUCUCCAGGGUCCUUUGGGAAUUGGGAGAGGUGUCAGCUAUAUAUUACGACCAGCUGAACUUGGUAUUCACAAAAAUGCUGGCAUUGUCGGACGAUGUUGUCUUAUCUUCGGCGUUGAGUGGCUUUGUCAAUUUAGUCGAAGCUACAAAAGGAAAAUACCUUUGGAAGAACUUUUUUGAAGUAAACUAUGUCUUUGUACUUUUGUAUUACUGUAUUUUUGUACGAUUUAUUAUAUAUGUUAUUAAAGACUUGUAUUUUCAGCUUUUGUUCGCCUGCCAAGAAUUUCUUUCGCCAAAGAAACCGACUAUAGUAAGACGAGCUAGUAGCAUGCUUCUUCGAACAAUGUUAAGCUCACAAAACGUAUCGUCACUGCUACAGGUAAGGGUUUUAUUGUCUUCAAAACACGAUUGUAGAAUAAUAAAACAGCCAAUUCGCAACUGAUAAAGGCUUUGAAGCAAAGCCGAAGUUGUGAUGCCGACGAAGUGGUGCGACUUCAUGCUGACCUCGCUCUCUGUGAUGUGUCAGAUGCUUUAAAACAACAGUUGCUGGUCGAUUCUGUGGAGAAAAACACACGGGUUUUGAAUUUGUAA